AUGACUGGCGGACAGUCUUGCGGUAGUAAUAUGAUUGUCUGGAUACCAGAUGAGAAGGAUGUUUUCAUAAAAGGGGAGUUAACGAAUACCGAUAUCACCAAAAAUAAACUCACAGGGCAGGAAGAGCAGAUAGGGAUUGUUCAUCCCUUGGAUUCGGCAGAGGCCUCAAAUCUUGUUCAUGUGCGAAUAUCCCAUGUAUUCCCAGUUAAUCCGUCAACGUUUGACAAGGUAGAGAACAUGUCGGAGUUGACCCAUUUGAACGAGCCCUCUGUGCUUUAUAAUUUAGAGAAAAGGUACCACUCUGAUCUGAUUUACACUUAUUCCGGUUUAUUUUUGGUCGCCAUCAACCCUUAUCGCAACUUAAAUCUAUAUUCCGGGGACCUUAUAAGCUUGUACCAUAACAACCAUAGGCAGCUAUCUGAGGAUGGCUUACAAAACGACACUUAUGAAAAACUACCACCUCACAUCUUUGCGAUUGCUGAAGAAGCUUACGAGAACCUUUUAUCUGAAGGUAAAAACCAAUCCAUUUUAGUAACGGGUGAAUCUGGUGCAGGUAAGACGGAAAACACGAAGAAGAUCCUGCAAUAUUUAGCGUCUAUAACUUCCGUUUCCUCUUCAUCAAAUGCCACACCGGUCAAUAACGGUUCUGUUGUAGAAAGUUUCGAAAUGAAAAUCUUACAAAGUAAUCCUGUUUUAGAAUCAUUUGGUAAUGCGCAAACUGUACGAAACAACAACUCUUCUAGAUUUGGUAAAUUCAUAAAGAUUGAAUUUAAUGAACACGGUAUGAUCAAUGGUGCGCAUAUUGAAUGGUACCUUUUAGAAAAAUCAAGAAUCGUACAACAAAACGCAAAGGAAAGAAACUACCACAUCUUUUACCAGUUAUUAUCCGGAUUAGAUGAUCAUGAAUUAAAAAAAUUGUGUCUAAAAUCUAGAAACAUAAAGGAUUACAAAAUUUUAUCAAACUCCAACCAAGACAUUAUACCAGGAAUUAAUGAUGCUGAAAAUUUCAAGGACCUGUUUUCGGCGUUAAGUAUUAUCGGAUUCUCAAAAGAUCAAAUAAGAGGGAUAUUCCAAGUAGUGGCAAUUAUUUUGUUAAUUGGUAACAUCGAAUUUGUCUCAGAUAGAGCAGAACAAGCUUCUUUUAAAAAUGACGUUGGCCCAAUCUGUAAUGUUUUGGGUGUGGACGAGAAAGAUUUUCAAACUGCCAUUUUAAGGCCUAGAUCAAAAGCUGGCAAAGAGUGGGUUUCGCAAUCCAAAAACUCUCAACAAGCCAAAUUUAUUUUAAAUGCGCUGUCGAGAACUCUUUACGAACGACUUUUUGGAUACAUUGUCGAUAUGAUCAAUAAGAAUUUGGAUCAUGGCAGCACGACUUUGAGUUAUAUCGGAUUAUUAGAUAUCGCAGGUUUUGAAAUUUUUGAAAACAACUCCUUUGAACAACUGUGCAUCAAUUAUACAAAUGAAAAACUACAACAGUUUUUCAAUAAUCAUAUGUUUGUUUUGGAACAAAGCGAAUAUCUAAAGGAAAAUAUACAAUGGAAUUACAUCGAUUAUGGUAAGGAUUUGCAGUUGACGAUCGAGUUAAUUGAAAGCAAGGGUCCUCCAACUGGUGUGCUCCCGUUAUUAGAUGAAGAAGCUGUCCUGCCAAAGUCAACUGAUGAGUCAUUCUACUCUAAGCUGAUUUCAACAUGGGACCAAAACUCUCCUAAAUUUAAACGUUCAAAAUUGAGAAAUGGGUUCAUUUUGAAGCACUAUGCUGGGGACGUAGAAUAUACUGUUGAGGGCUGGUUAUCUAAGAACAAAGACCCACUAAACGACAAUCUUUUAUCCGUAUUGUCUAUCUCCCAAAAUGAUAUCAUUUCCAGACUAUUCAACUCGGAGGGUGGAAAAUCUUCUAGUCAAGAAAAGCAGACCUCUGAUCAAGAGGUAAAAAAGUCAACUAGAACAAGUACUUUCAAGACCACGUCAUCACGCCAUAGAGAACAACAAAUAACAUUACUAAAUCAGUUAGCUUCUACGCAUCCACACUUUGUUCGUUGCAUUAUUCCAAACAACGUUAAAAAGGCAAACACGUUUGACAGGAAGUUAAUCUUGGAUCAACUGCGCUGUAACGGUGUCCUAGAGGGUAUCAGACUUGCCAGAGAAGGUUACCCAAAUAGAAUAGCAUUUCAAGAGUUUUUCCAGCGAUAUAAGAUUUUGUAUCCUGAAACUUCAAACUCUGUACCGUUUCAUUCCAAAUUAAGGACCGGCAUCAAACAAAACUGCGAGUUUCUUCUAUCUUCUUUACAAUUGGAUGCAAAUGUUUAUAAGAUCGGUACUACAAAACUCUUUUUUAAAGCUGGAGUAUUAGCUGAUCUGGAAAAACAAAAAGAUGCUAAAUUGAACUCUAUAAUGAUUAAAAUCACAGCAAGCAUACGUGGGUGCAUUAUAAGGAAGGAAAUAACUUCUCAUUUACAAAAAUUGAAGAAUGCGAGGGCAAUUGGUGGUACUUUCAGACUAUACAAUCAAUUAGUAAAAGAAGAUCCCUGGUUCAACUUGUUCAUUAGAAUUAAACCUCUCUUAAUAUCGUCCAAUGAUAUGUCACGAACCAAAAAAUUUAAUGAACAAAUAAACAAACUAAAGGAUAACCUACAGGAGAUGGAAUCUAAAAAAAAAUUUUUGGAAGAUAGAAAUCAAAGUACCGUUAAUGAAUUGAAAGAUACGCAAGAAUUGCUAAAACUAGAAAAAGAAAAUUUAAGAAAAAACGAAAGUUUAUUAAAGAGAGUUAAAACCAAUUCAGAAACGUUGCAAAGUCAAUUUGACGAUAUUGUUACGGAAAAAAAUGAAAUUAAUAAGCAAAAAUUACAAAUUAUACAAAACCUUGAAAGAGCCGAGCAAACGAUCCAAGAACUUCAAGGAGUUAUUAAUGAACGGGAAACUGCCUUAACAAAGUUAAGUUCAAAGAAUGACCAAUUAAUGCGGCAAAUUUCAGAUUUGAACAACGAUAUUUCUAAGGAGCAAAACUCACAGUCCUUAAUCAACGAAUCUCGGUUGAAGUUGGAAGCUGAAAUAAAAAAACUGAAAGAAGUCAUAAGCUCGAAAGAUAGCGAAAUAAACUCUUUCAAUGAGAAAUUAAGCUCCUCAGAAGAAGAUUUAGAUAUCAAAUUAGUCACUUUAGAGAAAAACUGUAACAUUGCAAUGUCCAGACUUCAAUCCUUGGUGGCAGAGAACUCAGAUUUGCGUUCAAAGAAUGAGAAUCUCCAGAAAGAAAAAGCUGUAUUGAGUAACCAAUUAAAAAACAAGGAAAAUGAACUACAGAAAAUGAGAGAAAAGAUAGAUAACCAUCAAAAAGAGCUAGCCAUUUUUUCUAAGCAAAGAGAUGAUGCAGUCAAUGAACACGGUAAAAUUACUGUUGAAUUGAAGGAAACCAGAAACCAGCUCACUGAAUAUAAAUCGAACUGUCAAAAGAUUGAAGACGAAUAUUCCAACUUUCAAAGACAAAUGAAAGAAAAAGAACAAAAGAAAAGAACUGACUUAGCGGAAUCUUUGAAUGAUAACAAGGUCAAGGAAUUAGAAGCUCGCCUAUCACAAGAGAUAUCAUUGAAUCAGUACUUGAAUAAGAGGAUAUCUGGUCCAUCUAUACAAUCCAAUAGUUCGCCAACGGAACGUUCUGUAUCACAUGCCGAUGACUCACUCAAUAAAGAAGAUGUAAUGAAAAAGUACUAUGACCUUCAACUAGCAUUUACUGAAGUGACUAGAAAUUUGGAGAACGAGAUUGAGGAGAAGAAGAACUUGAUUUCUAGAUUAAGAUUUACAGAAACAAGGCUAGCUUCUUCAUCAUUCGAUGAUCAGAAAGUUAGAGCUCAAAUGAAAAAGUUAAAAAAACUAGUCCAAGAUAUGGAUCCUAACAUUCAGUUGGAUAGUCUUUUGGAGGAGCCCCUAAACCGUUCUACCAGUGAAUCAGAUAUCAAUAAAUUGAUGUCAGAAGUCGAAUAUUUAAAGAGACAAUUAGAUAUCGAAGCAAGAGCUCAUUAUGAUGCAGAAAAUGUCAUAACUGCCUUACACGAUAAAUUCAGAAAAAUUCAAGGGGAAGGCUCCCUAUCAUCCUCCGACAUUUAUAAACUGAAGUUUGAAGCCAGUGAAGAGAGGGUUAAGUCUUUGGAAGACAAGCUAAAAACUAUGCCUUUACGUGAUAGAACGAAUUUGCCCGUUGGUGAUAUUAUAAAGAACCGUGAUAGUAUAUCGAAGUACGAAGAAGAAAUCAGAUACUAUAAGCUUGAAAAUUACAAACUUCAGGAAAUACUGAAUGAAUCCAACGGAAAGUUGAGUAAAUUGACCCAUGAGCUGAGACAAUCAAACUCAAAAGAGGCCUUACUUAGUGAACAACUAGCCAGAUUACAAAAGGAUCUUGAAUCUACUGAACGCCAAAAAGAAUUACUUUCAUCCACUAUGAAACAACAAAAACAACAAUUUGAAGACUGUAUGGACGAUCUACAAGGGAACGAACUACAGCUAAGAGAGCAUGUUCACGCACUCAAACAAGCUCAAGAGGAUGUAAAGAGUAUGGCGACUAUCAUUGAGAGACUAAAGACUCAAAACAAACAAAAGGAAAAGCUCAUUUGGGAACGUGAAAUGGAAAGAAAUGAUUCAGAUAUGCAGUUACAGGAAACGUUGUUGGAAUUGAAGAGAGUUCAGGAUGUGAAAAAAAUUCUAAGUGAUGAUUUAUCCCAUUUAAAGGAGCGAUUAGGAGCGGUGGAAGACAGAUCUCAAUACACAGAUGAGAUAAAUAGAUUAAAAGAGGAACUAAACCGGUCUUUGAAAACUGAAACCAACUUGAAAAAAGAAUUUGCAACCCUUAAAUAUAGGUUGGAGACAUCAAACAAUGAUUCUGAAGCAAAAAUAUCUGAUUUAUUAAAACAGCUUGAUCAUUAUACAAAGGUAGUAGAAAUGUUGAAUAAUGAAAGAGAUGCCGUCUCUCUUUCAGAAAACGAGCUGUAUCAAAAAUUUGAAGCUCUUAAUACCGAAUGCCAGUCGCUUAGAAGUACAGUUGCAUCUCUAUCAAAGAUUAAGGAGGAGUUGGAGUCUAAUUUAAAACUAAAAACGGAUGAGCUAGAUGCAUCAAGUACAGCCUUCACAAAGUCUGCUCAAGAGAAUAAAGAGAUAACUGAAAAAAUCAAAUACUUGGAAGAAACGCUGAAGCUUCAAAUAGAGCAAAAUGCAAGGAACGGGGAACUGGUUAGAAAACUGCAAGAUAGCAGCAAUGUAUUCAGAGAAAAAUUCGACAAUGAGAAACAGAAGAACAUUGAUUUGUUCGAAGAAAAUCAAUCGUCGCAAAAGCUUAUUACCGACUUACAGUCUCAUUUAGAGAAUUUACAGGACAGAUUGUCUGACACUUCUGAAAAGAAAGCAUGGCUAGCCAAGAUACAUGAGCUGGAGAAUUUAGUAAGUCAAGAAACCAAGUUGAAGUACGAAGAAAUGAAAAAAAAUAAAAACAUGGAGAGGAUGGUCGAGGAUUUACAAAAUAAGAACUCUCAACAAUCAGACGUCAUUGAACUAGCGAACAGAAACAGAGCCGAAUUUGAAGAAACCGCUUUGAAAUAUGAGGCACAAAUUUCUGAGUUGGAAAAAUAUAUUUCCCAGCAAGAACUUGACAUAAAGAAAUCUAUCAGGGAUAAUUCUUCUUACCAUGAUAAAGUGCAAGAGAUGGCGCAAGAAAUCGAGUUUUGGAAAACCCGGUAUGAAUCUACCAUGAUAGGGUCAAAAAAUAUGGAUAGCAAUAACGCAGAAGGAGGAGUUUUUAUUUAA